AUGAAUGCGGAUAAUUUCGAAAGGUGGAUCCAGGAAAAAGUUCUGCCGAACAUUCCAGAUAAUACCGUGAUUGUCAUGGACAAUGCACCCUGCCAUUCGGUGCAAAUAAAUAAGCCCCCAACAAAAUAUGCCACGAAAACGGCAAUGCUGAAUUGGCUAAUUAAAAAUAACAUCCCUUGCAACAACCAAAUGCGAAGAUAUGAUUUGCACGAACUAAUAGAGAAAAACAAACCUCAAAAUAAAAUAUUUAAAAUAGAUAAAAUUAUAAAAGCACAUGGUCACACCACGUUAAGACUACCAACAUAUAUGUGCAAGUUAAACCCCAUCGAAUUGAUUUGGCCUCAAAUUAAACGGGGGUUACGAGAAAAGAAUCCUGCAACAUUAACAAGCGCGGAAUUGCAGAAAUUUACCGAGGACGCAAUUAGUUCAGUUACUCCAAACAACUGGAAAAAAUGUUGCGAUCUGGUUGAAAAAUUGGAAAAAGAAUAUCGUAGAAAAGAUAAUAUAAUAGAUGAAAUUAUGGGACAAUUGGAAACUGAGGGAGUUCGAAUACAGUUGCUGAAAGUAGCCUUUCAGAAGAUGCAGAAUAGUCGAUACUCAACAGGACAGAAGACUACUUGA